AUAUAUGAAUAUUCUGCCUUAAUCAUGAGCCAGCCGGUGUUUCAUUCAUUCGCAAAGCGUAGAAAGAAAAGAACAACGGUUUGAUAAGCACAAAACAAAGAUGUCUGGCCUUAAGUUAAUUUGUCCCAUAUGCACCGAUAAUUUUUGCGAAUCAGACGAAAUUCAUAGCACCAGCUGCGGACAUUUAUACCAUUUGUCGUGCAUGCAGGAGUGGCAGAGUCGAGCCCCAAAUUGUCCCCAGUGCCGUGAAGAGAAUCCUUCUUCCCAUAAAAUAUUUUUAAUUUUAAACGAUGAGCCAGAGGUUUCACCCUCGGCUCCAUCUAUAGACUUUGGGGAGGAACUACAGGUAAAGCUGGAGUCAAGCUUUGAUAAAAUAUUCGAGCUGGAAGAACAAUUGAAGGAGAAUGAAAUCAACUUUUUACAAAUGCAGGAACAGUAUUCUGUGGAACAGGAACUGAGAAAAAAACUGCAAAGGGAAAUUGAUCAAGUAGCCAUCACAGAUGAAUAUUUCCUCCAAAUGCAUUCUUUGUAUUCUGCCUCAGAGGAUCGAGUGAAGACACUACAAGAGGAAAUUCUCCGUUAUAUUACAGAACUUGAUCUAAAAUCCCAAGAGAUAAAAAAGAAAGAAAAUGAAAUUCUAACUCUUAAUGCAUCUUUGCAUUCGACAGAUAAGAGAAGAGCCGAUGAAAGCGAACUGGCACAACAAAUGCAACAAAAACUAUCAGAGCACGAAAAUAAAAUAAGAGAUUUACAACAAGAGAAUUCUCGACUUGCCAAUCAAAAUGAGUACCACAUUAAAGAGCUUGCGCUAAAAGCCAAAGAAAUAUCUGUGCUCAAAGAAUUUCUUGAUCGAAAAGUUGGAAACUCAGUAAAAACUGUGGCUCCUGCUCCAGUUAGUGAGACAGUUACCGCUUGCAAAUGUAAUGCUGACACGGUUGCCGAUCUUAAGGUUAAGCACCUUACAUUGCAACUGGAGAAAGAAAUUGAAAAUAAUUCAAAACUUUUGCUGGAGAAAAAGAAGCUGCAAAGUCAAAUUCAAGAAAUGGAAAAGAGUUGAUCAAAAAGGCUGAAUAUGUUUACUUUGUAAAGAAUACAUUAGCAAGGAUAUUGUAUUCAUCUUUUUUUAUUAUCAUAUACUACGAACUAACAUAUGUCAUUAAAG